UCUGCAGCGUCUCCUGCACAAUCAUGUUCUAUCAUCUGGGAUGCUAUCUGUUCCUGGGAUGCUUGCUGAUGGAUUUAGAAGGGCGGCAUGCUCAGGGUCAAAGACGGCGCACAGAAAAGCAAAACGAGCUGUGGCGACGAGGAGGUUUUCGAGGAGACGAGGCUGUGCCCUCACGGACCAAUCGUAGAGGUGCAGCGAGUGUCUACAUCGUGGACGAAGACACAGACUUGUUGGACCUGAUCUCGCCAAUUGGUGGACGAGUCAAUCCUUUGUGGAAUCGACUGAAGGGAAAUCAGAAGGAGAAGCUCGGCGUGCCUUCAAAGCAUUUGGAUGACAACAUAACUGUCGAUAAAAAGGUGGACUCCGGUUGGGGGACUUCAUCAACAUUCUCAGGGAAACCCUCCGAUGACGUUAUCAUUCUCGACACAGGAAAUAACUCCAAAAAGUCUUUUGUGGAUUUGACUUCUCCGCCUAAGCUCCCCCUCGAUCCUGAGGCCCAAGUUGACUCGACUUCACAAAGGAAGGACAGUGAUGAACGGUCCAGCUUUGUCUUACCUUCAUCUCAUGUCAUCGACCAUAGUCCAUCAGUCAGCCAUGGACAUGUCAGACACAUCAGCACACGGAACACCACUGACAUUCACCAUCUUCAUAAGCGCAAAGGAGAACUACCAAAAAGGAGCCAAUCUGGAAUUAUCACCAUCGUAUCUAAAGAUGGAGAUCUGGUCCUCGGCUCCGAUGGCAAGCUGUAUCGUCUCAAACCUGGACCACUGGGCAUUAUGGGUCCUCCCGGGCAGGAAGGCUUCCCUGGAGAACCUGGCGUGCUUGGGUUCAAAGGUGAUAAGGGUAAGAUUGGCCCUGAAGGGAGUCCAGGAAAAAGGGGUGAGCAAGGACCUGCAGGACCACCAGGUCUACCAAGCCUUUACCUUUGGAGGAACACUGCUGAUGAAUGGGCUGCCUUCCAGAAAACCAAUUUCUACCAGUUGCUGCGUGCUGGUUGGCCCACCGAAGAAGGUCCUGUCGGACCACCUGGAGAGAUUGGCAAGACUGGCAUGCGGGGCGCUCCUGGUGAACCAGGGGAACGCGGUCGACCAGGGACGCCAGGAGAGAUGGGGGAGCAAGGACCUAGGGGCCCUCGAGGAAAAGCCGGGGCCCCGGGCAGAGACGGGGGAAAUGGAGAAGAUGGACAGCCUGGGUCACUUGGUGUCACGGGGUUACAGGGCCCUUGGGGUUACCGGGGCGAGCGAGGGUCCAAAGGGGAAAACGGUGAUGAGGGUCUUAUGGGCCCAAAAGGUCCCAAAGGGAAAACAGGAGAGCCGGGAGACAAGGGUUUACCUGGUUUACCGGGACCACCUGGUCCUGUUGGGCUCAGGGGGCCUCCUGGGAUCCGAGGUGGUUAUGGUCCAGAAGGCCAACGUGGACCUGAUGGGGAGCCUGGACUGGAUGGCCUUCUAGGUUUGCUGGGUUCACCGGGUGCACCGGGCUUUACAGGACGUGUCGGAGCUCAAGGAGUCAAUGGCUCAAGGGGGGACAUAGGCCCUGCUGGCAGUGUCGGCCGCAAAGGCCCACAGGGGCCCCCAGGUUUGGACGGACAGGUGGGGCCUCCAGGACCCAGAGGUCCCCAAGGAACACAGGGACUGAGCGGUGGAGCUGGGCCUAAAGGUGAUCUUGGGCUGGUUGGGGUCAUGGGUAAACGAGGUGAACCCGGCUUUGAAGGGCAAGUGGGUGCACCAGGACUGCCGGGUCCACCAGGUUUCCCUGGAGUGACGGGUCCCUCUGGCCCAGAUGGAGACAAUGGGAUCCCAGGACCGAGAGGAGAUAAAGGAUUUCAAGGGGCAGCUGGAAUUAGAGGUCCCCAGGGUGAGAGGGGUCCCGCCGGUUUUCCAGGUUACCUCGGGGUCAAGGGCCAGCCUGGCCCUAAAGGCAUUGAGGGCGGUAAUGGUGAGCGCGGACUUCAAGGCGGACAGGGCAGGAGUGGAUUAAAGGGAAACAAAGGACCAGUUGGCCGAAAUGGCAAAAGGGGACCCAGAGGGAACAAGGGUCGACCGGGACAAAGGGGACAAAGUGGCCAACCAGGACCAUUGGGUUUGGCGGGUAACCAAGGACCAGUGGGACCUGAAGGAAAGCCUGGUACACAGGGUCCCCCGGGUGCAGCUGGCCUUGCGGGUAAUAUAGGACCCAUGGGUUUUCAAGGAAUUUCUGGAGAAAGAGGACCUGAUGGACAAACAGGUUCUAUGGGCCCACCAGGGCCAUCAGGACCGCAGGGCAUGCCUGGAGCGCCAGGAGAAAUGGGUUUUACAGGAAAGCCUGGCAUGGAAGGAUUACAGGGCCCUGUUGGCAAGGUACAACAGGCAACGACGGCAUGCGUGGGCAUCCAGGUCCCAUCGGAGAGAGGGGAGAGACAGGUUUGCGAGGUUUUCUGGGUCCUGUUGGAAAUCCAGGACUUCCGGGUCCGCCAGGACACCCUGGGGAGAAAGGAAGACAGGGAUCGCAGGGUAGACCUGGCGAUGACGGACUCAAAGGGAUUCAGGGGGCACCGGGUUUUGCAUAACAACCCUCCCAAGCCUGGUGCUACGGGGCUACCGGGUGAUGAUGGAGCCACUGGGAAACCUGGACCCAGAGGAAGCAAUGGACCUCCUGGACCUCAGGGGCCUCAAGGGCCAACAGGAAUCUCAGGCCUCCAGGGUGCUGCUGGGUUAUUAGGAGGAGCAGGAGACAGAGGGGACAAGGGUUUAGCUGGCAUAGGUGGCGAUGCUGGCCCUUUUGGACUAGACGGAAAACAGGGUCUCCUGGGCCACACAGGCGAUGAUGGACCACUUGGAGAGAAAGGAGACCUGGGAGAUGCCGGGCCUCGUGGAAAACCUGGUCCUUCAGGGUCACUGGGAGAGAGAGGACUUGCUGGACUAAAAGGAUUGCAGGGGCCACCAGGACCUCUCGGUCACGAGGGAGAUGUCGGCCAUCCAGGAGAAGCAGGAGAGCCUGGUUCUAAAGGAAAUAAGGGAGUGGUGGGACUUCAAGGGUUCUCUGGUCCUGAGGGAACCUGGGGAGAACUUGGAAAAAAUGGAGAAAGAGGAGCAAAGGGAGAAAAAGGCAACAUUGGAUUAAUGGGUGAACCAGGACUGAUGGGUGAAGUUGGCCGUGCAGGUCUGACUGGGUUAGAGGGAAGUACUGGAACUCCUGGAGCGCAGGGGCCAAAGGGACUUGACGGACAGAAGGCUCCGAGGAGCACAGGGCAGACGUUCCUUCCAGGGUGGAUGUUUUCGUCGGGUGUAACACCCUUCACUUUACCCGGCAAUGGGUCUGCUAAGCUCCGCUUUCUGGUCAGGAUUUGA